UAUGGUUGUCGUUAAUGUGAAAGAUUAUGUAUUUUAAUGUAAUAAUCGAAGGUUUUCGAGGCGUACAAAUGUUGCUAGCUAGUUCCAUAGCAGUCAUUGCUAACGAUAUCGACGUUAGCUAGCUCAUACAUAGACAUUAUAUUGAAACCAGCUUGAUAUUUACAAAUUAUAUCGUUUAGUUUUGAAUUGCGCUAAACGCGUCCUUCAUUUGAUGUCUUUUACGUUAACUCGACGUCUCUUGGCCUCUAGCUCGUGUUAACUUGUUAGCUGCUAACUCAUGCUCAUUUAAACUAGCCUGCUGUGCGCUAAAUGCUUAUUGCUAGCGAUCAGUGAGCAACUUGUAGUUGAAUUUGCUUAAAUUGAGCAAAGAUGAUUUUAAGUCAUAAAUAACCAAUAGGUUGGUCUAGUUUCUGGUUGGUUGGCCUUUCAGUACGCCCAUAAAUGGUUGAAAUGCCUGUAAUCAACCGGAAUUGACCUUCCCGUGUAUUAUAACUAUAAUCAUGCACUAAAUUAUCUGGUUUUAAGUGAUCAGAUUGAAUCCUAGGGUUUUGUCUAGUAUCAUGCAUACACCGGCUCUUAUGUUCUCCAUUGGUCGCAAGUGUGCUGAAUAGAAGGAAACGUCUGCACUGGGGCAGGAAAAAACAGCCCUGCAGUAUUUGGGCAUGGUCGCUAUCCGAUUGACCUGACAACAGUUUCAUGAGUGGCUGUAUUUUUAAAAUGGGAAAAAUAUCUUGAACGUUUAGACGUGGCCGAAUUGGGCGCUUGCGUUGUGUGUUUUGUGUUUACUUAUGAUGGAAAGAGAUUCAUAUUUCCGAUCCCCACCCAUUGUGUAUAUGUAAAUGUGGCUUAUGUAAUGAUGAUUAUUUACUGUCAUAUGAUGAACUACUUAUUUUAUCAUUAUUAUUUGUAGAUCCUAUCAUGACCAUCUGCUAGGGCACAUGUAGUUUUAGAUGUUAUUUAAUUAAAAAUGUUUUGAAAUGACAUACUGAAAGGUGUGAUCCUGAAAGUAUGAUUUAAUGACCAAGUUUGUACUUGACUUUGGUGUACAUUAUGUGUUUUAAUUAAAUUUACCUGUCUUUUUAGUCAUAAAUCAGUGAAAUUACUCCAAUAUGAAGUUUUGGAUGUUAGUCCAAACUGCAUACUAACAGCUUUUUCAUAUACUAGAGCUUUAAAUCAGGAGUGAUCUGAAUGAGGUUUGUCACUCCAGCGUGGUUGAGACAUGGCAGAAGAUCCGCUGAAGACCGAUGCCUCAGCUGGGGAGGGGGAGACGGAGCCCAGCAUGCUGCUGCAGAAACUCAAGAGCAACAUUUCUAAAAAUGUGCAAGGCAAAGUGGACAAAAUUUUGGAAGAUGUGCAGCGUUUCUCUGACAAUGAUAAGCUCUACCUUUAUCUACAGCUACCCUCAGGUCCAAGUGCAGGAGAGAAGAGUGGUGAUUCAAACUCGGUCAACACGGCAGACCAGCUUCACACCUGCAACUGGAUUCGUAGCCACUUGGAAGAACAUCCUGACACCUGCCUGCCUAAACAAGAUGUUUACGAGACAUACCGAAAGCACUGUGACAACCUACAGCAUCGGCCUCUAAGUGCAGCAAACUUUGGCAAAAUCAUCCGCGACAUCUUCCCUAACAUUAAAGCACGAAGAUUGGGUGGAAGAGGACAAUCCAAAUACUGCUAUAGUGGAAUCCGUAGGAAAACCGUACUAAACAUGCCAUUACUGCCCAACCUUGACCUCAAGAAUGACCCGUCUGAACUGACAGAACUGGUGCAAACCUACAAGCAAGAAGUCACUGAAGCCGCUUGCGAGCUCAUAUGUGACUGGGCCCAGAAGAUCCUGAAGCGCUCUUUCGACACGGUGGUGGAGAUCGCACGCUUCCUCGUACAAGAGCACAUAGUUAACCCGCGCUGCAGUCAAGCCGAGCUUGUCACUUCAGCUGCUCUGGCAGGAGGACCUUCUAAACCUCAUAAAGUGAUCAAAAAGCUAUCCACAGCAUCUCGUAUAGGAGCAGAAGAAGAUGGUGGUGUGGAUAUUAAGCAGAAAGAGAAAGAUGGCAUGGAACAACCUCCAACUAACAAACAACAGGGCACUGAUAAACCAACCAACAAGGUGGAGUCUGCUCGUGUGGAGGCCUACAUGAAGAAACUGCCUCAGCUUCUUCCCAGAGGCCACUUACCCGAGAAAACGUCCCCACCAUGUCUCACAUCUGCCGACUCGGGUGGCGUUCAUGUCACUUUCCCCGUUACUUAUUCAACUAUACCGCCACAGCCAGGCAGCACAGUCCCGCUCGUGAUUGUUCCAUCGAACAUGGGUCUUGGUAGAGAGAAGACAUUGGUCACAGUCGCCACAUCCGCCGCUCCGACUUCUGUCGUCCAGAGAGCCCGACCGAGUGCUCCUAAGCGGGGCCCUGACCCCUCAACGUCAACCCCCGGGUCAGUCGGCGUUCCCGCUAAACGUAAACGAGGCCGACCCAGGAAGCAAAGACCAGAAGACAUUGUGCCACAAGUCCAGCCGACCCAACCGUUGAAUCCUAAUCCUGCUUUACUCACGAGGGGAGUAAUCCAAAAGGCCUUGCCCUCCGCAACCCCUUCACAGUUACUGGAAAUCGUGAUCCAGGACCAGCAUACGAGCUUAAUGCUUGGCCAACUUCCUGCCGUCCAGGAAGUGACAGACGCUGAACGGAGGGGUGUGGUGGUGCCAUGUCAGCCUGCCCCAGUCCCAGAGAAUCAGCAACCCAUCAUGCUCUUGCCUGGGCCUAACCAACCCAGUUACGAGUUGAGCCGAGGUGUGGUCAUCCAGCGAGCACCGCUGUCUAGAGAAGGAAGGGCCCCUACUCAAGAAACUGGUUUGUACCUCCCGCCACCAACACUGUUAGAGGACAGAGGAGAAGUGGAAAUAACUUUGACUCCCGUGGAGCCACAAGUUGAUUCAUUUGGCUCCUCAUGUGGAGAAACCCUGAAACCGGAUGCUCCAUAGUAGCAGCACACCAGCCAUCCACAGAGAUAUGCAUUUGAGAUUUGGUGAAUUGCAUACUCGCUUACAAACUAAGGUUCACCGUUUUGGCCGAGAUCGAUCUGCUUUUUGUAGGGUGUGUAAAAGGGUGUUGAGUACAUCCAUCAUUGUUGCAGUGGCAACAAACGCCUUUAAACCGCAACUACACUCUCAAUAUUACCAAACGCUAAUAUUAUUAGCGUAAAAAGUUUGUUGAUUUUAGGAGUAAAUUCGUUUUCAAAGUGUGUCGUUUCUGUGCCACCAAACAGAAACGUAAUGAUUGUUAUCAAGUGUCAAACACUCCCUGUAUCGCCCAUCGGUUGGACAAAGUCCUACUGGUGGUGCAGAAAAUCACACUUUACCUUUAAGAGAUUACAAAUUGUAUAUUCAAGUGGCCUAAACCUUACAUAACAAAAAGAUUUGAAAGUUUAACAUAUUACAGUAAAAUUGUAAAAUGACAUUGAAUCAAGUAGAUUCAUAAAUAACUGACUUUUAAUAGGAGUGCCAUCGAAAAAAGGAACUGCUUACCGUAUGUUGGUGCUGUUGUCCCCAGUGCCAAAAGAAAGCAGUCGGUCUUUUAUUGCUCUAACCGUCUUUGCAUGUUCGUGUUUGUAAACAUGAAUUGAGACAUUCGAGUGUUUUUCUAGUUGUUCAGAUGACAAAGAGUGAUAUUACGGGUUUGUAACUUCAGGGUUCUUAAAGCUUACGACCACCAGAAGUCCCUCCCUUACCCAAAGAUUGGGUACUAAUAUUUAUAGGUUCAGUUUUUACUAUGAUUUAUGUCAUAUAGAACAGAUAUAUGAAACUUGUAAAUGACUACGAGUAGUUGUGAAGGUAUAAAAGGAACGCAGUCUUAAAAAUAAAGGUGCUUAAAAGGUUCUUCACAGCGAUGCCAUAGAAGAACCAUUUUUGAAGGUUCUUCGGAUGGUAAAUUUAGCCAAAAAAAUAGUUUGUCUAUGGCACCGAAGCACUUUUAUUUUUUAAGAGUGCACUCUUUUUGUUAUGUGUAGAAAAACCUCAUAAGUCCCUUUAAAAUAUGCAAAUGAGGCCGUGAUUUUAGGAUUCUUCUCAAAAGCCCCCCGUGUCGAGGUCUGACCCGUCGACUCUUGCAGCAACAAAAAUGAGCACUUAACAGAUGUAAAUAGUUUAUCCGUAAGCCUAAAAGGAUAUCAGCAUAAGAGAAGCGUACCAGAAAGAUUUUAAAAGUCUUUUAUUUUCCAAAUGUUGCAGAUGUACAGCCAUCAUCACAUCACAAUAUUGCUACUAUAAAAAUAUUAUUAUUAUUAGUUAUUAGUAAAGUGUGCACUGGCACCCUAAAAGCAUGUGCAAAAUAAUUAGCAGUAAAAUAAAUUUAUGAAAUUUGAUUAUAUUAUCUUAAAUUCAAACUACUAAAUAUUUAUUUAUGCAAAUUUUACAGAGAUUGAACCUCAACGACCUGUUUUGAGUUGAUUUUUAAAGGAGAAUUCUCCCUUUUGUGUUUUUAAAGCUUUAAGCGUUAUAUUUGUAGUUUGUGUUUUAAACAAUUGUAGCAAAAAAGUCCACAUGCUUACUUAUGUUACUUCACUUUUUAUGUUCUUGCACUGCUUUGCCUUUGAAUUUAAAAAUGUGAGAAAUGCAUUCAUUUGUGAUUUCGUACUAAAUGAUUGAAUUCAUUUGAAGCCACUGAAAACUCUGUCGUUUACAUUCAAAGGGUUUAACCGGCUACAAAAGAUAAAAAACCUGAAUUCUCCUUUAAAGUAUUAUUAAGCAGAUUUCAGCUCAACAAAGGCUGUUGAUGGUUAAAAGAUGUUUAACAUGCACUUAACAAAGAAAGCCACUCUGAUUAUUUACAAAGAGAUUUAAAGUCAGAUGUUAAUAUUUAUUGAAAAAUGUAGUAAAAUAUGUGAGAUGGUAAAUGAGUAUGAUUGAUCAUUUUACUAUUGAGUAACGGUGCUUUAAAGAAGGCUAAACGGGUUUAAUGUCCGCUGGUUGAUGGUGCUGAUGGGUAGAUUAUAAGAUACUUUGAGUUCCUGUAAAUGAGAAGCCGAACUUGUGAAAUAAAUGUGCUGUAUAGGCCACACCUACAAUCCUAUAGAUUUUAUGUAUAAUACGUGUGGCUGUUUUUACAGUACAGUAUUUGGGAAAAAACAUUAAAUGAAUUGCCUCUCAUAAUGAACUUCUAUUAAGUUUCAUUCAUUUAUUUUACCUUUCAAUUUAUUUUUCCGCUUCAAUGUAGUUCACCUGCAAUGUUACAGAUUGACAAGUUCUGCAGUUGAGAUUUGCAUACUAAUGUAAGUGUCCAUAACCUUUAACAAUAAAAUAUCAGGCCGACAUUUGUAAGAUUUACAUUGACAAAACAUAAAAAUUAAUCGAUAAAUGAUAAUGAAUUGCAAAUGGAGUGAGUGCACCUGUAAAAAAAAGUUAGUUCAAAAUGUAAUUUUAAGUUAAUUCAACUUAGAAAUUGUAUUUUUUUUGAGUUAACUAAUAUUUUUAAGUUGAAUUAACUUAAAAUUUUAGGCAACCAGGUAACUUGCAUUUUUAAGUUGAACCAACAAAUCUUUUUUACAGUGUGUGAAUGAUCACAUUUGACAGAUUUGAAAACUUUGUACACUCCACGUUGUGUUUUAGGAUUAAAAGCAGUUUAAUAUAAUAUUUCCAUGAGAAUAACCAUCAGAACAGUUGAGCAAAUGGUCAUUUAUAUCCAUUCAUAGAUGUAAUAUUCAUAGCCUCUCAGUAGUCUAUCAACACUAGUUUUAGUUUUUUGCAAAUCUAACGUGACACCACAGAAAUGUAAAUCGUUCAGUACAACAUAGUGCCUCAUACGAACCACUGUGCUCUGUAAAUAUCCAUUAUCUUUGCGUUAUUUAUGAGGUCUAAAAAUUUUGUUCUAAAGCGCUGAGUGGAUUUUGUGUUUACUCUUUGGUUACCAUUGACCUAAAAAAAGAAACCAAAAUGACAUCCUGAUCUCAUGUGUUUAUAGUUAUUACCCAUCAGUGUUGGUAUUUCUUAUGUUUCAUUGUGACAAACUCUUAAGCAGCCAAUGGUAAACAUGUCUAGCACAUUACAGACUUGUGUAAAACUGUUAUUUAGCAUAAAUCCUGCUUUGAGUUCACAUACAUGAGCUUUAUACCAUCCCAGUGGAAAUAUAUGUUGUGAGUGUCAGUAAUAUGUCAUUAGUUGACCUGUCACUUUUACCACGACAUCCGGUACGUCUAACGCUAUAAUCGGAUCAUCAUCAUUUUUUUUUUGGUCAGUUCAUGCAUGGUUUGUGUUUUGAAAAUAUGUUACAUAGGUGAGAAAUACAAACGUCUAUUAUUAUUUGCCAUUUCUUUAAAAAAAAAAAAAUCCCUGGUGUUUGUUUUGCACUUUAAUUUUCUAAACAGAAAGCACACGGGGAGAAAAGAAUAAAUGCAGCACCUAACAUGUUAUUUGUUUAGUACUUCGAAACAUAAUGUCUUCUUUAUAAAAAGGUUUUUUUUUGUAUUGCAUAUGUUUUUCAUGUUAAAACUGUAAAAUUUGACAUCUUCCAUAUGAGAAAAAAAAACAAUCUCUUACUGUGAGCACAUUUUCAUAAAUCAGCACUAAUAAACGAUAUGUAUGAUGUUUGUUUA